UCUUCCAAAACAAGCAUAUAUCUUAUUCUAUACCAUACAAUGGCACUACAAAGCAUAUCUCUAUCUAUUUCUAUAUCUAUCAUCUUUCUCUGUUUGGUUUCAGGUCAUUUUACCUCUCUUCAUGCGGACCCACAUCAUAAUAAUCAUGUUCAAGCUUAUGGUUAUGGGUUUCAAGCAGACCCUUCAUAUAUCAGCACCACCAUUGAAGACAAAAAUGAAUUUGAGAACUCUAUCAACCAUGAAAAUGGUAUCUUUGUGGUGAGGAAGUUUGGUAAAGAGGGUAGGGUUUUAGCUUCAGCUAAAACAGUUAGUGUGGAUGCUUUUGGAGCUAAAGGUGACGGAAGUGAUGCCACUGAGGCAUUCAAGAAGGCUUGGAGUGAAGCUUGUUCAUCCGCAGGUGCUGUUCUUUUGGUUGCCCAGAAAAGUUAUCUUCUUAAGCCAAUCACCUUCACAGGCCCUUGUAAAUCUGUGCUUACAAUGCGGAUUUCUGGAACAAUUGAAGCAUCUGGUUCUCGAAGCGACUACAACAGCGAUAGCAGACACUGGCUUUUGUUUGAUAAUGUUCAGAACUUAGUAGUUGAAGGUGGUGGAACCAUCAAUGGCAAUGGCAUGAUAUGGUGGCAAAAUUCUUGCAAGAUCAAUAAAGCUCUUGCUUGCACCAACGCCCCAACGGCAUUGACUUUCUACAAGUCAAACAAUAUCAAAGUGAACAACCUGAAGAUAAAAAAUGCACAGCAAAUUCAUGUUUCAUUCGAGGGGUGCGUGAAUGUUCAAGCAUCCAAUCUUGUGGUGUCUUCGCCGGAGAAGAGCCCUAACACUGACGGAAUUCAUGUCACCAACACCCAAAACAUCCAGAUUUCAAGCUGCAUUAUAGGCACGGGUGAUGAUUGUAUAUCAAUAGUAAGUGGGUCACAGAAGGUGCAGGCCACGGACAUAACCUGUGGACCAGGGCAUGGAAUCAGUAUUGGAGGCUUAGGAUCUGGGAAAUCAGAAGAACAUGUAUCAGAUGUGGUGGUGAAUGGAGCUAAGCUUUCUGGUACAACCAAUGGAGUCCGGAUCAAGACCUGGCAGGGGGGAUCUGGAAGUGCAAGCAACAUUAAAUUUCAAAAUGUGGAAAUGAAUAAUGUGGCCAACCCCAUUAUCAUAGACCAAAAAUACUGUGACCAAGAUAAACCAUGUGCUGAACAGAGUUCAGCUGUUCAAGUGAAAAAUGUGAUGUACCAAAACAUCAAAGGAACAAGUGCCUCCAGCGUUGCCAUAACAUUCGAUUGCAGUAAGAACUAUCCAUGUCAAGGGAUUGUGUUGCAAGAUGUGAACAUCACACCAGGAAAAGCUUCAUGCAACAAUGUCAAACCCAGUAAAAGCGGAGUUGUUUCGCCACAAUGCCCUUAAUCAGAAGAAGAUAUAUAUAUUAUAUAGCAAUGCCAUAUUCAUCAGUCAUCUAGCAGUAUAUAAUACAAUAAAGAUGACAAUAUUAAUGUGCUUAUUCUUUAUUAUUAGUUCAAGUUCUUCAAAUUCAAAGUGGAAUUUGCAGCAAUGGAUGAUGCAAGAAGUCUCAUGAGGUUUCUAUGCAAUAAUGGAGGAGCAGCUGGCUUUAUUAAUUGUUCAUCAUGGUGGCUAGAAAUUGGCGUACAUACUAUUGGAAUGUAAAAAAAAGUGUUAUAUAUAUUUGUUUACUAAAAAACAAGAUUGAUUGUAAUUUCAAAUAUUAAAUAAGCAUUGUUGUAUGAUGAAUCCACUUCUCACUCUUUCUAAUGAAUAAUUGUUCCAUUGAUACAAGUAUUUUACGGGACUUCUUUCU